AUGGCCGUCGGGAAGCCCUGCCUCGCCGGCGGCGAGGUCUCCCGGGCCCCCGAGCACGGCUAUCACCACCACUCACCUCCACCGCCACCAAAUCCCUCUCCUAGCCACUCACCCGACCGCGGGGAGGUCUUCUUCUCCCUCUCCGGCCACCGCUCCGCCGCCUCUGUCCACGAACUAAACAGCACCAUUACUCCACCGAAGCCACCCAAACUCUGCCAGUCCACCUAUUUUCCACCACCACGUCGAACCCCUAAGCCAAUUCCACCCACAAAGCCCUCUCCGGCGAAUCCCAACUCCACCCGAACCACCGUCCGCCGGCGUCGAGCUCACCGCCGUUCAGAAAAAGGAGAAGGAUCUUUUGCUGAAAAUUUAGAGGGUUUUGCUCCAGACUAUUUUGGACAAGGUAUCAACUGCGGGCAAGUGAACCAACAUUCACUCAACAGGCGAAUGGUACAUCACAGUACUAACAAGAAACCCAAUCAAAACAAAAUCAAGAGGCAUAAUACCAGCUGAGGACUAUACUAGGGGUCUAGCUAUAUCUGCAGAUCACCCUGCAUAUCAUCAAUAGUUACGCACCCGAUCUGCGCGGCAAGAUGGCUAGCAACCAACUGCAAGUGUAAGCAACAUGCACCCUUCAGUGAGAUAUUAACAUGUGGUGUACAAAGAAAGUAUUAAUCACACGAGACAAUUAAGAGACCAUCAGUAGUCUCAUCUACAACACA